GUGACGUAACAUUUGUUUUGGAAGAACGAAGCAGUGACACCAGCGACGGAAGAAUGGAGCAAAACGUUGAAGAUUACAAGCUGAUAUUUGAGAAGGAAGGGGUGUACCUCCACACAAAUGCCAAGAGAAGUAACCAGGACACCACCAUCCCAGGGUUUAUCCGUAUUGUGGAGCGGGCCGGGGUGCCAGCUCUAGAGUGGAGCCCACUGGAGGAUGAGGGUCGCAAUGCUCCUGCUGUACUGUACUCCAAAAAGGAUGGAGAAGGGGGAGAGGAGGAUACAAACUUUGACCCUGGUUAUGAGCCAGACUGGGCAGUUAUCAGCACCGUGAAAAAAGAUAGAGAACAUGUCCCAGUCAAAGAGUCAGGUCAGUGGUCGUUCUCUCUGCCUCUCUCAGAGCUGUACUCUCUUCGGAGGGCCCGGUUCUCUUUGGGUCGAAACUUUCUAGUGUUGACUAGUAGAGGGGGGCACCCAUUGCCUCCUCUGCACUUCCACAGAGGAGGAACCAGAGAACUUCUUAGGGCUCUGCAUCGUUACAUCAUCCUGGACCAGUCACCAGUUGACGGGCGGCUGUUUCUUGCCUACCCGCAUGACUCAGGUGCUCUGUCUCAGUCCUUUGAUAAGCUGCAGCUCCUUGAUGACGGAGGCUCGGAUCUUGUCUCGAGAUUCAUCCAGGACCCCUAUGCCACUACAUUCGGUGGAUUCUCCAAAGUCACAAAUUUCUUCAGAGCGGCCAUACGGCCUCCAGAUUCCUCCAUCCACUCGCGCACAUCUCAGGAUCCUAAUUUGCCCCCCCAGUCUGAUGAAGAGCCUGGAUUUGAACUCAUCACCUGUGGGGUAGAGCUCGGUCCCAGACCAGAUGUAACUAGGGGACAACCUCUGGACAAGUGGGAGGAGUUUCUGGACCCUGAGGGGCGCGUGAAGAACCCAGAAAAAAUCAAAGAGUUUGUGUUCAGAGGGGGCAUUGUGCCGUCACUAAGGAAGGAGGUUUGGAAGUUCCUCCUGGGCUUUUAUCCAUGGAACAGUACUGCUAAAGAGCGGGAGAACAUUCUGCGGGUCAAAACGGAUGAGUAUUUCAGAAUGAAGGUGCAGUGGAAGUCAGUCAGUGAAGAGCAGGAGAUGAGGAACUCUCUCCUCAGAGGCUACAGAAGCCUGAUAGAGAGAGAUGUCAGCAGGACAGACAGACACAAUACGUUCUUCUCUGGGAACGACAAUCCAGGACUGACUCUGCUUCAUGAUGUGCUGAUGACGUACUGCAUGUACAACUUUGAUCUCGGCUAUGUGCAGGGGAUGAGCGAUCUCCUUUCUCCGCUCCUGUUCAUCACCCAGAACGAGGUGGAGUCCUUCUGGUGUCUGACGGGCUUCAUGGAGCUGCUGCACCAGAACUUUGAAGAGUCUCAGGAGGCCAUGAAGCAGCAGCUCCUUCAGCUCAGUAUUCUGCUGAAGGCUCUGGACCCGGAGCUGUGUGACUUCCUGGACUCUCAGGACAGCGGCUCACUUUGCUUCUGUUUCCGCUGGUUGCUCAUCUGGUUCAAGAGAGAGUUUCCCUUCGAGGACAUCCUCAUUCUGUGGGAGGUCCUGUGGACUCGUCUUCCAUGUGACAACUUCCACCUGCUGAUCGCCUGCUCGAUCCUUCAGUCCCAGAGAGGAGAGCUGAUUGGCUCAGACCACGACUUUAACACUAUUCUGAAGCACAUUAACGAGUUGACGAUGAAGUUGGACCUGCAGAGCGUUCUACGCGGAGCAGAGGCCAUCUACCUGCAGCUGAUUCAGUGCAAGGAGCUCCCCCUCAAGGUGCAGCAGGUUCUGGGUCUCUACGUCCCCUCAAGCUCUGAGGAGGCCAGCCCUGACUCCCAGGCCAGCGAGACGCAGCGCCUCCUCAGCCAAUCCCAGGCCGGAGCUGCCUCCUCUUAUGCAGCGUGUGGUUCCACUUAUCCUUAAAUCUGUGGGUCAGCCGGUGGACUGACACUCAGUGAGAGAUGUGUGGAAGAUAUUUAUAUAUAUAUUUAUAUAUACACAUAUACAUAUAUAUAUAUACACACACACACAUAUAUAUAUAUAUAUAUAUAUAUAUA